AUGCAGCAUCGUGACCUUGGACACAAGGUUUUGGUAGUGCUGGAUCAUGGCUCCAGAUUCGCCAAGAUGGCUGCAAACCCAUUCAGCGUUACUCUCAAGGAAUCAAACGUCAAUCGAGUGGUGGGAGCAUGUGAUAAAUCACUUUGGACAUGGUGUCUUGAAGCAACACUUGAGUUGCAUCGUGUUGUUUUCGACCUCUUUUCUGGUGAACAUGACAACUCUCAUGCUCGUCUUAUGCGGCUCGUGUUGGCAGACUGCGUUGGGAGAGUAUUGCAGCCUCGUUGGGGUACAGAAAUUGUCACGCAGCAAGAAAUUCUGAAUUCACUUUCGAGCAUCGGGCUACCAUCAACCAGUGACGACACCGAUGGCGUAACUCUCAGUGGAAUAACGCUUGCUGUAGAGGCUCUUAGUCAACUCAGCGAUGCGCAGAUGAACGGUGACGCUGUCCAUCCCGCUGACAAAAAAGAGAAAACGGUCACAAAAGAAAGGACAAAUUUUUCUCGAAUGCCUAAAUGCUGGGAGACACCCUCUACGUCUUCGGAAGUUGUCGACUCGGAGCGCAAAGUUGUGGAGAAUGCCGGAUCUAUAGUUAUUUUCACAUCUUUCACCGAAGCUGAGCGUUUGACCGAGUUGGAACGCGAGGUCGCAGACGUGAUCAGAUGCCGAAAUAAAAUCAUCAAAUCUCUACAGGAUAGCUCGUUUUCUUGUAUCAGUCAUGUGAAAAUGUACAUCAUCAACGUUCUUCCUAAGGAUCAUCAGUGCGGAGACUUAUCGUCAUUCAAAGAAGUGAGAACUAUCACCCCUGAAUUAUCCUCUUGUAUUUAUUCUCGUCCAGCUGGAGAUGAUCUUAUUUCGGUUAUCCAUUCUGUUGCUAUAGAUAUCUAUGAUUUAGUCUCAACAACAGUCUCCGGCAUCCCUAUGAAGGAGGAAGCACAACAAGGGCAGUCUGCGGUUGCUAUAAAUUACGAUGUUGAGCUUUUGCACAGUAGAGAGGUGCACAUAGAACUCGAGCGGUUGGGAUUAGUAGUGGGAAAUACUAUGAAGAACGAUAUCACGGGAACAUUAAUGGUAUAUGCUGAAAAUUCUACAUAUCCUACUGCACGUCUCGUUUGGUCUACACCAAUGCCGAAAGGGCGUUGGAAUAUGUUCCCCCGCAGUCGUCAUGUCUCUCGAGUGACGCCUUCAGCAGUAAAUAGUCGACCAUCUGUUUGCCUUUCUUCAUAUCUUCUUCAAGGGCGCAAUGUCAUGCUUGAGAUCACGCGCGUACCCAGAUGCGAGGGGAUUUUGUCGAAUGUGGGAGCCAAGCUGAUCGCACACACAUUGAUUGCUCAUGGUGGACACAUUUAUAUCCAUGCUAAUGACGUGGGAACUCACAGUGUGUUGGAUUGCCCAACAAUUCGCGAUAAGUCACAACUCAAGAAGACUGCUCAUGGGCGCGUAGCUGACUUUGCUUCGCUCAUCAAGGAGAGUUCACUGCACCUUGUAGAACCAGGCAAGGAAACGGAAAAAUUGCCGGUAACCUCCGCUGCUUCUUGCUAUCAGCCUCGGCGGCAACUACUGCGAAUAACCCGCUACUGGCCCUUGCGUUCAGAUCAGUGCUACAUCUACAAUAUACCGAAGCGUUUCGAUGCGCUUUUUAACAUCUUGCGGCAGCCCCACUUGUCAACGGUAGAUGCAGAUAAAUGUAAACAGGUCAUUCAUCAGUUAGUCGCCCUGAAGGACUCCAGAGAACGCAUAGGCGAGCCCAGUAUGUCUACACAGUUGUUGAAAGAUGGAAGCUCUAGGGAUGAACAACUGAAAGUCGUCUACUUGGAAAUGGCAAGACAUCUGGGAAACUACAUGAAUCACUCUGAAAAGCAUUCCGAGAUUUUCUACCUUUUUCUUCAAGCCACUAACCUAGAACGUGCGAUCAAAAUGUCUACUGCUGAUGUGUCAGUAGUUGACCGUAAUCGGUCUAAACGACAAGAGACCUCUGGUUCCAAUUUCGCUGUUGCGUCAGCGUCCGCCAUAUCAACGGCUGCAAGUGAAGUACGAAAUCUGAGCAGAAGCAACUCACCGUUGCCUAAGAAACCACGAAAAUCGAUCUAUCUUUGGAAACCAAACGAAACCCUAAAUCUGUACGAGUAUUUGAUGGAGAAGGAAGAACGUCAUCACCGAGCGCACUGGGUCGAUUUCGUUGGCCGUGUAAAGGCUGGAAAUCGUCCUGCUCAUCUAUAUCCAAAUCUUGAUCUGUCAGCUUCUGCAAAGCAAGACUAGUAUGGGGCUAGUUUUAUACACAUCCGCUCUUGACGCAAAUUUGGGUUAUAAUAAUUUUUACAGUUUGUGAUAUUGCUUCAGAUUUAUUCAUUUUUACGUUCGUAAUAAAUUCCUUCUUUUUAGUUCAGCGUGUAAAUGAAUUG